CCCGCUGUGCCCCCCAGGUACACGCUGACGGAGGGGGAUUUCCACCACCUGAAGAACGCUCGCCUGACGCACCUGCACCUCCCGCCGCCCGCCCUCAAGAUCGUCACCAUCCACGAGUGCGAGUCCAGCGAGAACAGCCUGGCCAUGACCCCCCGCCGGCCCCCGCCCAAGCCCGGCCUCGCCAUCUUCCAGCCCCCCGGGGGGCCGGUGCCGCAGCCCGGCCACGCUGUGUGCCCCAGCUCAGCGCUGCCCGGAGACACCUACAACUCCACGGCGGGAGGGAGCCCCGCCACCUCCUCCGACUCCGGGGAGGGCCCUUCGUUCACCGCAGCGCCUCGGAGUGGGAAGGGGCCCAUUGCGGGCGGUGCCAGCCCUGGGGAAGCCCCCCCGGCCCCCGCUCAGGGCCCGGUGCUGCAGUUCUUCACCCGCCUGCGCCGGCACGCCAGCCUGGAUGGGGCCAGCCCCUACUUCAGGAUCAAGAAGUGGAAACUGGAGAGCACCCAGCGGGCAUCCAGCCUGGACACGAGAGGGUCCCCCAAGCGCCGUCAGUUCCAGCGGCAGCGUGCGGCCAGCGAGAGCAUGGACCAGGAGGACCGCGACCCCCACCAGACCGACAUCAUCCAGUACAUCGCCCACACCGACGACGUCGCCUUCCAUCCCGCGGGCGGCCCCUUCCUGCCCUCCCCCAGCAGCCCCCCUCCCUCUCUCGGCAGGUAUUUUUCAGUAGAUAGAGGGGACGGGGAUGGGGGUCCGUGCAUGGGGGUGGGCGCCGGGCUGGGGCGGUGGGGACCGCACGGCNAGCCGGGCGAGGACAGCCCCAGCGAGGCGGCGGCCCCGGAGCAGCGCAGCGUCGGCCACGACAUCUGGAGCCUGCGCGCCUCGCUGGAGCUGUACGCCGCCUCGGAGCGCAGCAACGACCAGGACUCGGUGCGCAGCGACGGCGCCGACAGCGUCUCGUCGGGCGGCGCGGCCCCCUGCCCCUCCUCCUCCCUGGACGAGGCCGAAGGCCCCGAGGAGAAGCUCUGGGCCCGGCCCAAGGCGGAGGAGCCGGAGCCCGGCACGCGCAAGCUGCUGCAGAUGGACAGCGGCUACGCCUCCAUCGAGGCGCCGGGCCGGGGGGGCGAGGAGGGGCCGCCCGCGGACCAGACGGCGUCGGAGAAGCGGAUCUGCUUCACCAGCGCCGGGCGGAAGGGCACCAUCUUCGAGAGCUUCGAGGGCCGCGAGCCCGGCGAGGAGGAGGAGGAGGAGGAGGAAGAAGAGGAGGAGGAGGCGCGGCGCGGCGCGGUGGGCGGGGGCCCGGUGCGCUCCCACAGCCCCCUGGCCUGGUCCCCGUACGGGCAGAUGCUGGCGGGCCGGGACGCGCCGUCGCCGCGGAGGGACUACAGCAUCGACGAGAAGACGGACGCGCUGUUCAACGCCUUCGUGCGGCACGACCCGCAGUUCGACGAGUCCCCGCCGCGCGGGAAGCACCGCUCCCGCACGCACCUCCGCAAGCAGUGGCAGCACGCCAAGCAGUACAGCGACCCGGGGGUGCGUUACCCCGCGCUGGAACGGCACCGCACCCCUCUGCGCCGCGGGGACAGCGCCAACUCCCCGCUCGACGCCCGCUUCCACGGGCCGCUGCCCCGCAUCGUCAGCGCCGGGGACGAGGAGGCGGCCGAAGCGGACGCCGGUUCCGCUCCGCUGCCCGAACCCGAGAUCCAGGUGAUCGUGGAGGAACCCGGCGAGGAGCACCGGACCGGGACGGAGCGCGGCGGAGGGGAGGAGUGCCCCGGUCCCGGGCGGUGCGUGGGGCCGCGGCCCGGCGCGGAGCUGCUGGACAAGAUCGCGGGCGGCCUCGAGGAGCGGCUGUACGGGCACCUGCGGAGGGAGGCGGAGGGAAUGCGGGCGGAGACGGAGAGCGCCGUGACCGUGGCCGCCGGGGACGCGCCCCCAGACCGCAGCCCCGCGUAGGGGCCCCGCGUCGAGUGCGGGGGGCUGAGCCCCACCGCGGAGCGGCG